CGCCAUGGAUCACGUUAAAUUGGUUAACGACCCCAUUGACAUCGCCCAUAUCCACCAGUUGCUGGCCGAUGAAGGCUGUGGAGCUUCAUCGGUAUUUGUGGGCACUACGCGCGAUAAUUUUCAGGGAAAAAAGGUGGUGUCAUUGGCGUACGAGGCCUACGAUAGCAUGGCACUCAAGGAAAUGAAUAAAAUAUGCUCUGAUCUCCGAUCCAAGUGGCCCGAUCUAAAGCACAUAGUCAUCUAUCACCGAUUGGGAACAGUGCCCGUCUGCGAAGCCAGUGUAGUUAUAGCCGCCUCGUCACCACAUCGAUCGGAGGCCUUAGAAUCAGUAUCUUUUGCAAUAGACCAGUUAAAAACUCGGGUUCCCAUCUGGAAAAAGGAGAUUUACGAGGGCGAUUACGACAGCGAAUGGAAGGAGAACAAGGAGUCCAUCAGGCCCAAGAAAUCGCAAAGUGCCUUCAAUUAUGCAGCUUGUCCCUGCAAAGUGGAGGAGUCACAUGACGUCCCACGAACUCUGGUACAAAUUAGAGUUAAUGACGCUGAGUUAACCAAGCGUUUAGAAUGUUUUGUCAACAGAAAACGCGACGAAAUCAACUCACAAAAUGUAAUUGACUUUAAAUCGUCUUUUGUUAAUUCAGACAAAGACUUCAGCGAUUCCUGCGCUCGAACGCAGAGCACAAUUAUCAAGCAGGAGCAGUCAAAUUCCCAUUUAAAAGUUCGACGAGUAAACAAUCGCUGCGGACCUCAGCAAAUGGAAAUGCGACCCAACUACGAACUCGAACUGAAUAAACUAAUGGGAUCGCGUGACGGCCAAACGGAUCCAAGCAAAGAAAUGAGGAAAUCGCUACCCAAUUCACGACUGCAGGCAAUUGAAUCGUACAUGUGCCUAACCACCGACAACGAGGAAAACAUUUUCAGUAGAAUCAAAAAGGUGGAAAAUAGACUUCUGCAGCUGGAGUCCAUUUCACCCGAGUACAGACACUUCACUAAACUGGAACCGUCUUCUAUGGAACCCCCGCCGCCGAAAAAGAUCAGAAAGAAAUCGUACUCGGCCCAAGAAUUAAGUGCGUUCAUUCAAAAGAUUAAGGAUGGCAGCGAAUUUACCUAGUAAUAAAAUCCUUUUGGCAAAUAAAA